GUUCGAAGGAAGCUUGAGUUCAUAAAUGGUUUGAAUUUCUACUGAUGAUGUCCUCAGUACCAGAUAAUUUUUUUAGAAGAAAAUGGACUCAAUUUGAGUAAUGCACUGGUAAUGGACUUCGCAAAAAAUGGAGGAAUUCAGAAAAAUAUUUCUACAAGUUCAAAAAGGCAACGUGAAAAGAUACAUCCGAAUCUUUUCAAAACCGCAUCAAAAGCCAAACUUGUGCCAUAUUAACGAAUUAAUAAAAAUCGCUUUUGAUAUGGAUCAGGCUCCAACAUACAUGACUGAAAGUGGGGUUGAACUAGAGCCAGAUGACGUGGUUGAUUAUAUAACUCAGUUCAUAGGAAAUCCUUCAUUUAUAUUACGUGUUAAAAAUGCGGGAUUUAUUCCUGCGGAUUCUUCAAAAGGCACGGAAAGUAAUAGUGGAACCGACGGUGACUCCCCUUACAAGCAACUGCAGCAGGACUUGGAUUCAUCAUCAAAAGUUAUGAUUGAUCAUUUGCUGAAUAACCUGGAAACCAAAGCGGAUGUGCAAUCCUUUCUUCGCACUCAAUGCCCGUCAACAAUGCAAUUCUACUAUAAUAAACAGUCCUUAGCAGCCAGUGAUCGCAUUAAUAUCAGCAAACACAUAAUUAGGCAGUUAUUGUCCAUCAAUCCUAAUAGAAUGUUACAACGGUCGGACUUUGAAAAGCUAGCAGGCUUCAUUGUUGACAUUUUCUCGGACGAGGCAGCAGAUACUUACUACAGAAAAUAUUCAAAUGGAAAAAUUGCUUCCGGAAAAUUGUAUGAUGCUUAUACCAAUCAACGGAAAAAGCUUGCUAAGAACGGAUUGAUAAUCAGGCGUCCAAGGAAGCGGGAAAAUAAAUGACUAUUAGAUGCUAAGAAUUAGACCCCGAA